AUGGGGCGGAGCCGGAGCUUCGGGAGAUCAGCUCGAGACGAGUGGGGAAGAUGGCGUCUACGGCGGCCGGGAAGCAGCGGAUCCCUAAAGUGGCGAAGGUGAAAAACAAAGCCCCAGCAGAGGUACAGAUCACAGCAGAGCAACUUUUAAGAGAAGCUAAAGAAAGAGAACUUGAGCUUCUUCCCCCACCUCCUCAACAGAAGAUCACAGAUGAAGAGGAGCUAAAUGAUUAUAAACUUCGAAAAAGAAAGACCUUUGAAGAUAACAUAAGAAAAAACAGGACAGUUAUCAGUAACUGGAUCAAGUACGCACAAUGGGAGGAAAGCCUCAAAGAAGUACAAAGGGCUCGUUCCAUCUACGAGCGUGCUCUAGAUGUAGACUACCGAAAUGUCACCCUUUGGCUGAAGUAUGCCGAGAUGGAAAUGAAGAACCGCCAAGUUAAUCAUGCCCGAAACAUCUGGGAUCGUGCUAUUACUACUCUACCAAGAGUCAACCAGUUCUGGUACAAAUAUACUUACAUGGAAGAGAUGCUGGGAAAUGUUGCUGGAGCCCGCCAGGUGUUUGAGCGCUGGAUGGAAUGGCAGCCAGAAGAACAAUCCUGGCAUUCUUACAUUAACUUUGAGCUGAGGUACAAGGAGGUGGACAGAGCACGCUCUAUAUAUGAGAGAUUUGUCAUUGUGCAUCCCGAUGUUAAGAACUGGAUAAAGUAUGCCCGUUUUGAAGAAAAACAUAGUUAUUUUGCCCAUGCAAGGAAAGUAUUUGAGAGAGCAGUGGAAUUCUUUGGAGAAGAACAUAUGAAUGAGCAUCUGUAUGUAGCUUUUGCCAAAUUUGAAGAGAACCAGAAAGAGUUUGAAAGGGUGAGAGUAAUCUAUAAAUACGCCCUGGACAGAAUCCCAAAGCAUGAAGCUCAAGAGCUCUUCAAAAAUUACACCAUUUUUGAGAAGAAGUUUGGGGACCGACGAGGAAUCGAGGAUAUUAUAGUUAGCAAGAGAAGAUUCCAGUAUGAAGAAGAAGUGAAAGCUAAUCCACAUAAUUAUGAUGCCUGGUUUGAUUACCUGAGGCUUGUGGAAAGUGAUGCGGAUCCUGAUGCUGUACGUGAAGUUUAUGAACGAGCCAUUGCCAAUGUUCCUCCAAUUCAAGAAAAGAGGCACUGGAAGAGGUAUAUCUAUCUGUGGAUCAAUUAUGCGCUGUAUGAAGAGCUAGAGGCAAAGGAUCCAGAGCGGACAAGACAAGUGUAUCAAGCUUGUGUUGAACUCAUUCCUCAUAAAAAGUUUACAUUUGCCAAAAUAUGGCUGUUGUAUGCUCAAUUUGAAAUAAGACAGAAGAAUCUCCAGUUUGCCAGGCGAGCAUUGGGAACAUCCAUAGGUAAAUGUCCAAAGAACAAACUGUUUAAAGGCUACAUUGAACUGGAGUUGCAGCUACGAGAGUUUGAUCGUUGCCGGAAACUGUAUGAGAAAUUUCUAGAGUUUGCACCUGAAAACUGCACAUCAUGGAUCAAGUUUGCAGAAUUAGAAACCAUUCUUGGUGAUGUUGAUAGGGCCAGAGCUAUAUAUGAGUUGGCUAUUGGCCAGCCGCGAUUAGACAUGCCAGAGGUUCUUUGGAAAUCUUACAUUGACUUUGAAAUUGAACAAGAGGAAUAUGAGAACACAAGAAAUCUUUAUCGGCGAUUGCUUCAGAGAACGCAGCAUGUCAAGGUGUGGAUCAGUUUUGCUCAGUUUGAGCUCUCAGCAGGGAAAGACGACAGCUUACCACGAUGUCGGCAAGUAUAUGAAGAGGCUAAUAAAACAAUGAGAAAUUGUGAGGAAAAAGAGGAGAGGCUUAUGCUUCUGGAAUCCUGGAGAAACUUUGAGGAGGAAUUUGGAACCGAAUCCAGCAAAGAGAGGGUAGACAAACUCAUGCCAGAGAAAGUCAAGAAGAGGAGGAAACUUCAAGCUGAAGAUGGGUCUGAUGCAGGCUGGGAAGAAUACUAUGAUUACAUCUUCCCAGAAGAUGCUGCCAAUCAGCCCAACCUCAAACUGCUUGCAAUGGCUAAACUCUGGAAGAAGCAGCAACAAGAUGAUGAUCCAGAGAGAGAUCCAGACAAGGAUGUGGAUGAAAGCAGUCCCUGAUACCACAUUUGCUUUCCCUGUUUGAUUUUGUACAGAAUUUUUGCCAAAUAAAUACAAUAAAUAUUUCCAAAAAAUAUCACUGCCAAUGUUUGAAAUGCGAGAGAGAACCAUUAGCACUUCAUCUAGUAGUAGUAGUAAUGCUAUGUGUCCAUGUGUGGGGAAAAGAGAUGGGCAGCACCAGAAAACAAAAUUACAAGUAAAGCCUUGAAGCAUUAUUGCCAGAUGGAAAUUUAUUCUUUUAUAAAAUAUUUCCAUUGUCCCAUUACAAAAUCUAUAGAUCAGAGAGGUUCAGGCCUGAGAAAUGAGCUAUUACUGCUAGGCCUGUGUGAUAUGAUACAUCAUUCAAAACCUGUUUGAAGGCACAUCAGGAUAACCGUUUCAUUAUAUUUGACCCAGCAAUACAUUGUGAACAGCCUUCAAAACUUCAGGGGGCGGUAUACUUGUGAGCAAUUUGAGAAGUCAGCCUCGGCACCUCCCCUUAACCAUGGUGUUGGUGCUUUAAGAAAGAGCGCUUCCUGCCUGCCCCUUCCUUCCUUCUGCUAGGAAGGACAGCUGAGUGCUGCCAGCCGAGUGCUGCCAGCCCAGGUACAGCGACCAAGGACGUGUUGCUGGGAAGCAAAGGCCACAAUCAGCCCAAGCGGAGCAAUCCUUCCUUCUGGUCGCUCUUUCCACUCUCCAGCCCAGGUGCCUUGGUUGUGCAUGCUGCUGGAAAGGACCACCCAGAGCUUUAAGAAAGAGCAUGGAGAUCAUGUAACAAAAAGCCUUCCCCCCUCCACAGCCCAGCCAACCCUCCUUAUUUCACACAUCAUGCUAGACUGGUAUAUUGUGAUGGUUAGCUAAUGAGAUGGUGUUGAAAACCAUAUAUUGCCUAGACUUAAUUGCUACUGCAAAGUG